AAGAGUUUGGUUCUACAAGACCUCGAAAAGUGAUCGUGGCUUCCAAAAAUAUAACAAAAAGUGACGUAUGCAAAGACGUCAAGUCUAUUAAACCAAAACGUCUCUUGUAUAUAUAAACAGAGAGAUGCAUAAACUUGUACAAUCAUUCAACACGAGAGGCAAAAACAGCUCUUCUAAAAGCUUCAGAGUCUUUCAUCCCUCUCAAAUUUCUCGAAACAUCUCAUUUUCUUUUCAAUCAAAGUCAAACAUGACUAGUAACUCUCACAAGCUCCAUGUUAUGUUCUUCCCUAUGAUGGCUCAUGGCCACAUGAUACCAACUCUAGACAUGGCUAAGCUUUUCUCUAGCAGAGGAGCCAAAUCCACUAUCCUAACCACACCUAUCAACGCCAAGAUCCUCCAGAAACCCAUCAACACAUUCAAGAACCUGAAUCCGAGUCUCCAAAUCGAGAUCCAGAUCUUGGACUUUCCUUGCCUGCAGCUCGGGUUACCAGAAGGAUGCGAAAACGCUGACUUCUUCACCUCAAUCAACAACAGUGAUGAUAGACGCGCCAUGAUCUCCAAAUUCUUUUUUGCGACCAGGUUUUUCAAAGACCAGCUCGAGAAGCUCCUUCAGACAAGGAGACCUGACUGUCUUAUCGCCGACAUGUUCUUCCCAUGGGCUACCGAAGCUGCUGAGAAGUCCCAUGUGCCAAGACUUGUGUUCCACGGCACUGGCUACUUCUCUUUAUCCGCUGGUUAUUGCAUCAGAGUGCAUAACCCACAAAAGAGAGUAGCUACAAGGAAUGAGCCAUUUGUGAUCCCUGAUCUCCCUGGGAACAUUGUGAUAACUCAAGGACAGAUCAAUGACCACGGUGAAGAAACCGAGAUGGCGAAGUUUUUUGCUGAGGUUAAAGAAUCAGAGGUGAAGAGCGCAGGUGUUGUUGUGAACAGCUUCUACGAGCUCGAACCUGACUACGCUGAUUUUUACAAGAGUACUGUAGCGAAGAGAGUGUGGCAUAUAGGUCCACUCUCGGUUCAAAACAGAGGAUUUGAGGAGAAGGCUGAGAGAGGAAAGAAAGCAAGCAUUGAUGAGGCUGAAUGCCUCAAAUGGCUUGACUCCAAGAAACCAGAUUCAGUCGUUUACAUGUCAUUUGGGAGCGUGGCUAGCAUCAAGAACGAGCAGUUGUUGGAGAUUGCUGCAGGGUUAGAAGCUUCUGGCACAAGUUUCAUCUGGGUUGUGAGGAAAAAUGGUGAAAACACAGGUGAGAAAGAAGAGUGGUUACCAGAAGGGUUUGAAGAGAGGGUCAAAGGGAGAGGUAUGAUAAUUCGAGGAUGGGCUCCACAAGUUCUGAUCCUUGAGCACCAAGCAACCGGUGUGUUUGUGACUCAUUGCGGCUGGAACUCACUUCUUGAAGGAGUGGCUGCAGGGCUUCCGAUGGUGACGUGGCCGGUUGGAGCUGAGCAGUUCUACAACGAGAUAUUGGUAACACAACUGCUCAAAACUGGAGUGAGCGUGGGAACGAACAAUCAUGCAGUCAUGGGAGAUUUCAUUAGCAGAGAGAAUGUGGAUAAAGCAGUGAGGGAGGUGCUGGCUGGGAAAGAAGCUGAGGCGAGGCGUAGCCGUGCAAAGAAGCUUGCGGAGAUGGCUAAAGCUGCCGUGGAGGAAGGAGGGUCUUCUUAUAAAGACCUAAGCAACUUCAUAGAAGAGUUUAGCUCAUAGAUCCAGUCAUCUUGUGAUUUUGAGUUGUAAACUCCUGAAAUCUGGCAGAUCAUUAGUUUCAAGUCAGUUUGACAAAUAAAAGCUCUCUGUAAUUUCUUUUAAGGUUCAGUCUUUUCUUGAGUUCUUGAUGAAGCCACCACUAUAAUGUAAGAAGCUCCAUCAAAUGUUGCCACAUGUUCAUUAGAACUUUGAUUUCUUUGGUCUUUGUCAUGGUAAUAAGAGUACACUUGUGCUACAAUAAAUUUUAUAUAUCAAAUACUAAUUGUCUUCUAUAUAAGAGGAGGAUACCUGGCUGCGUCUUCAAAUUGAAUGCAUCACAGUCAACGAGAAAAGAAGGUAUCAUCAGCUCCCCAACAACACCAGCUGAUUCUUCUUCAGUUGCCACUACCAAUAAUCCCCGCAAGAACAAGAACCAUCCCUAAAAUGGUGGAACCGGUUUGUAUCUCUCACAAUGAUCUCCCUCUCAACCACCUUUGAAACCAACUUGAUUGCUGAAUGGCAAUCUCCACAAACCCGAAUGUUUUUCUUUAUGUGUAUGGUUGAACCAGGAGGAGUGUUUAAAAGAGCAAACGCCAACGCAAUUUUCUCGCUAUGAUACUGUAAAUUCACUUCCCUCUCCUGUUGAUCUACAUGGACUACUACAUGGCUGGUGUCUGGC